UCCUAAAGAGCAGAAAGUGUUUCGAAGCACUUCAAACAUCAACUGGACUGCAGCUUCUUAACGAUACUCGCUCGUUAUUUUGCGUGUUUCUCGAAAUUCUCAAGACGGUUUUAUCGAUGGGCUAUAUUAAUAGUAUCUCAUCAAUGUACAAAGUGAUAUCAAAUAUGUGAAGUUGUAUUAUUUUUGGCGUUUAUAUUUGGAACAUAGGUACCGUGUUUACAUACUCGUCACACGAUUAACUUAUAUUUGACAAGUUGGUAAUUGUUGAGAACCACUGUCAAUUUGAAAGAACCGAAAAGAUAUUAAAAAUAAAUUUCCAGCUCACGAAAAGUGAAAAAAUAAAUUUUUACAUAUUUACCAAACUCUAUAACGUCCUGUCGUACAUUUUUGGUACACAUGAUGAAAAUAACAACUAUUAUAUCAACUAUUCAAAAACAGCUUGGCAGGGAACGUGUUAAUUAGUGAUUUUAUUUAUAAGGAAAUGUUAACAGAGUAUCGCAAGAAUAAAUCACCUGUGAAGAAGUCUUUUUUUAGAAAAGAAAUAAGAUAGCAACAAUGACUGCACCUCCAGAUCCAAAAUUUAUCUUGCGCGGUAAUAUGGAUGAAAAUGUAUAUAGUUUAUUAUUCAAUUCUAACGUAAAACACCUUUAUGCUGGCGAUGGAAAAGGCAUAGUACAUAUUUGGGAUUUAAAGAUAAACAGAAUAAAAUAUCAGUUAUCAAAUGGAAGCAGUCCAUGUUUUAAUUUGCACGCAACUAACGAGGCUGAUUUGAUAGUACAACGACGUCAUGGUACAGUGGAUGUAUAUAAUGUAAACGAAUCAAGUUGGACAUUAAGCAGGAGUAUCGAUUAUAAAUAUUGCAGUUUUUGCAGGUCUCAGUUGUUACCUGAAAAGAAGGCAUUAUUGGUCCCACUUGACUCUUCAGUAGUAGGAAUAUUAUCAUUGAGCACUUUUAACAUAGAAUUUAUGUUAGAUCCAUCAAAAUUAUCUUACGGUGACAAGCUUGGUACAGUAAUGGCAAUAAAGCCAGUGACGGAAGAAUUGAUUCUGGUUGCUUACGAAGGUGGACGAUUAUUAUUGUGGGACAUAAAGAGAAACAGUAUUAUCAGUUCCCUUCUUGCGCAGGAAUAUCCGACGACUUUCGAUUUCGAUGUUUCUUUGAUGCAAGGAAUUAUUGGUAGCGCAUCCGAUAAGUUAGAGAUUUUCAACAUGUCGUCAGAUCAUACUUUGUUUCACAAAUUUGACAAACACGUGGACUACGUUACUGGCACGUCCGUUCUUCGCGUAAGACCGGACAAAAAGAUAGUAGCAGCUGGUUUUUGGGAUGGACGCAUAAUGUUAUUUUCAUGGAAAAAAUUACGGCCGCUCGCGAUAUUAAACGAACACAGAGAUACCGUACACGAUAUCAUUUAUUCGUCAUGUCAGGUCGAAACUUACGAUACUAAAUAUUUAAUGGCAGCAACUGGCAAAGAUGGUUAUAUAUCCUUAUGGGAUAUAUAUAAAUAAGAAUUGUACUUUCUACAUUGAGUCGUUAACGAUUUUUUCCAACUAAUUAAUGUAUAUUAUUUUUAUUAUAUAUUUAUACAUUAAUAC